AUGUCUGCUACCAACGUGGAGAAAGGCUCCGAAGCCCCCGUUAAUGACGCUGCAAACGCUCUGGGCAACCUCUCAAUCAACAAGCCUGCCGAUGACAAGGCUGCUGCCAACGAGGCCGCCUCGGCCAGCGCUGCUGAGGGCCGCCGCCUGUACAUCGGCAACCUGGCAUAUGCGACAACUGAGGGAGAGUUGAAGGACUUCUUCAAAAGCUAUCUUGUCGAGUCUGUCUCGAUCCCCAAGAACCCCCGUACCGACCGCCCUGUCGGUUACGCUUUUGUCGACCUUUCUACCCCCAACGAGGCUGACCGUGCCAUUGCUGAGCUUUCCGGCAAGGAGAUCCUUGAGCGAAAGGUUUCCGUUCAGCUGGCUCGCAAGCCCGAGCCUGCUGGUGAGAAGACUGAGGGUGCUAACGGAGAGGGCUCUGGCGCGGAGGGCUCUCGCCGCCGAGCCUCUGGUCGCGGUCGCGGACGUGGCCGUGGACGUGGUGGCCGCGGUGGCCGUGGCGGUCGUGCCACUGGCGAGAACGAUGAGAAGAAGGGAGAUGAAGCCAUCGAAGGUGAAGCCACCCAGGCCGAGCCUCUGAAGGACAUCACCAACACCGUCUCGGAGGAUAAGGACGACAAGAAGAAGAACCAGAACCGCCCUCAGCGCGAGCGCCGGGAGCGUGGCCCACCUGCUGAUGGCAUUCCUUCCAAGACCAAGGUCAUGGUGGCCAACCUGCCAUAUGAUCUUACUGAGGAGAAGAAGCUCCUUGAGCUCUUCAAGGCCUACGACCCCUCGUCAGCCAAGAUUGCUCUCCGACCCAUCCCCCGUUUCAUGAUCAAGAAGCUCCAGGCUCGUGGCGAGGCCCGCAAGGGACGUGGCUUCGGUUUCGUUACCCUGGCUUCUGAGGACCUCCAGCAGAAGGCCGUCGCUGAGAUGAACGGAAAGGAGAUUGAGGGACGUGAGAUUGCCGUCAAGGUCGCCAUCGAUAGCCCUGACAAGACCGACGAGGAGUCCAACAUCCCGGCUUCCAACGGCGCUGAGGAGGGCGCUACUGAGGCUGUUGCUGAGCAGCCCGCUGCUGAGGCUCCUGCCGCCACUGCUUAA